AUGGGCAUAUUAGCAGAUUUGAAGGAUCAAGUCAUACUGUGCAUUUGGAUUGCCGCCAUGGUGUUUGCGGCAGCCAAAUAUGUCUUUGUCAGCCGAAGGCGGAAUUCCGAAGUGGCACCUUGGAGGACGAGUGACACGAAAAAAGCUGUCAACAAGGCUGCACAAGAAGAACUAUAUGAGAAACUGCAUGCGACUAUCAUGAAAUACAAAACAAGUGUUCCGCAAGAAGAGACCGAUUCAUCCGGAGAUUCCUCCCAAGAUUCUUCCGGGGACAUCGAGGAAGGUGCAGCAACAACCACAAGUGAAGAGGAAGAGAAACAGUUGCAGCCCCGAAUGUACUCGAAUGCCUGUGCCAUUUGUUUGGAAGAAUUUGAAGAAGAGGAAGAGGUUACACAUUCCAUUGGAACGAAAGAGUGUCCACACGUUUUCCAUGAAGAUUGCAUGAAAGAGGUCAUAGUUGCUGCAUUAAGGAAAGACAUUCAUUGCAUCCCAUGUCCUUGUUGCCGGCAGCCUUUCAUUGCCACUGAGAUACAAGCCAAGGGAGAAGAGACGGACGUAUGA